AUGAGAGAUGAGAAGUCGGUGCGAGAAGAAGGAGAGAAUUUGCAAGCUGUGUGGAGUCCAGACUCUAAAUUAAUCGCUGUUCUUGUCCCUUUUGCUGGGAAGGACUUCUCUGUGAGUAAUAUUGUGCGGGACAGCAAAACUAUGCUUUUGGGACUCUCUGAUGGAUGUUUAUAUAGUAUUUCCUGGAAAGGAGAGUUUGGUGGAGCUUUCAGCAUUGGUUCCCAAGGCUCUGAUAGCAACAGCGAUAGCCUCUUGUCUUACAGUGUGGGGAAUGGGCUAGUUUCUGGAGUAGCUUCAGCAACACUUGCAUCCGAUGAUAAAUUCUCAACAAAAGCGGCAAUUAUUCAGUUGGAACUCUGCACUCUCUCGAAGUUGUUGUUUGUGUUGAAUUCUGAUGGGCAGCUACUGGUAUGCUCUGUGAAUAAGAAAGGUUUAAAGUACACUGAGAGCAUUAAAGCUGAGCAGAAGUUGGAUGGUGAUGCUGUUUGUGCAUCAGUGGCUUCAGAGCAACAGAUUCUUGCUGUGGGUACAAGAAAAGGGACGGUUGAUUUGUAUGAUGUUUCACAAUCGAUCUCUCUCCUACGUACAGUAUCUUUGCAUGACUGGGGUUAUUCAGCGGAUUACACUGGGCCUGUCAGUAACAUUGCAUGGACGCCUGAUAAUUCUGCUUUUGCUGUUGGGUGGAAGUCGAGAGGACUUGCAGUUUGGUCUGUUUCUGGAUGUAGAUUGAUGUCAACUGUCCGCCAAAUUGGACUGAGUUCUACUUCUUCUCCUAAAAUUAACCCAAACCAAGACUGUAAAUACGAACCGCUGAUGAGUGGUACUUCAGCCAUCCAGUGGGAUGAAUAUGGAUACAGAUUAUUCGCUACGGAGGAGGCAUCUUGUGAUAGAGUUCUUGCAUUUUCUUUUGGGAGAUGUUGCUUAAACAGAGGAGUUUCAGGAAAAACUUAUGUUCGUCAGGUAAUGUAUGGUGAAGAUAGACUACUCAUGGUUCAGGCGGAGGACACUGAUGACCUCAAGCUUUUACAUCUAAAACUUCCAGUUUCUUAUAUUACUCAAAAUUGGCCUGUUCAACACGUGGCAGCUAGCGAAGACGGGCAAUACUUGGCGGCUGCUGGUUUACAUGGUUUGAUUUUGUAUGACGUCAGAUUUAAGAAAUGGAGAGUAUUUGGAGAUGUCAGUCAAGAACAACAGAUCCAUUGCAAGGGUUUGUUAUGGCUGGGGAAGAUUGUCGUAAUCUGUAACUAUAUUGAAACUUCUGACACAUACGAACUGCUUUUCUAUCCAAGAUAUCACCUUGAUCGGAGCUCUCUACUUUGUCGUAAAGUGCUGCUUGGAAAACCAAUGGUGAUGGAUGUGUACCAGGAUUAUAUACUCGUAUCCUACCUUCCAUUUAUCAUCCACGUGUACCAUGUGAAGAUAUAUGGUGAAUUGACACCAUCAAGCAAAGCAGACUUACAGCUUUCCACAGUAAGAGAAUUGUCCAUCAUGACUGCAAAGAGCCAUCCAGCAGCAAUGCGAUUCGUUCCUGACCAGCACCCGAGAGAACGCGACUUGGAUAAUGAGAGUGUGUCUUCUGAUCUGUCAGACAGGGAACCCUCAAGAUGUCUUAUACUCCGAGGAAAUGGGGAGCUUUCACUUCUUGAUUUGGUUGAUGGACGAGAGAGGGAACUUACGGAUUCAGUUGAACUAUUUUGGGUGACAUGUGGUCAGUCGGAGGAAAAGACAAAUCUUGUUGAGGAAGUAUCUUGGCUAGAUUAUGGGCAUCGAGGAAUGCAGGUUUGGUAUCCUUCUCAAGGGGAUGAUCCUUUUAUGCAAGAGGAUUUCUUGCAGUUGGAUCCAGAGUUGGAAUUUGAUCGCGAGGUGUAUCCCCUGGGACUUCUACCAAACGUGGGUGUCGUUGUUGGAGUUUCUCAAAGAAUGUCUUUUUCGGCAAGUGCAGAGUUUCCAAGUUUUGAGCCUACACCUCAAGCUCAGACUAUACUCCAUUGCCUGCUCCGCCACCUCCUUCAGAGGGAUAAAAAUGAAGAGGCGUUACUCUUAGCACAAUUAUCUGCAGAGAAACCUCACUUCUCCCAUUGCCUGGAGUGGCUUCUUUUUACUGUAUUUGAUGCAGAGAUUUCUAGGUUGUUUGAGGACUGCUUCCAGCGAAGAUGGUAUCGUACUGCAGCUUGCUAUAUACUGGUGAUUGCUAAACUCGAAGGUCCUGCUGUUAGUCAGUACUGCGCACUACGGCUGUUGCAGGCGACACUUGAUGAGUCCCUCUAUGAUCUUGCUGGAGAGCUGGUGAGGUGCUUGCUGAGAUCUGGAAGAGAAAUUGAGCAAGCGCCAACAGAAUCAGAUACAGCAUCGCCUAAGCUUCUGGGUUUUCUUAUUUUCGGUUCCAGCCAAAAGAAGUCAUCACUCGAUAAAAGCACCUCGUUCAAGGAGCAAAGUCCUCAUGUUGCUUCUGUGAAGAGCAUACUUGAAAGUCAUGCCAGUUACUUGAUGUCGGGCAAAGAACUUUCAAAACUUGUUGCCUUCGUCAAAGGCACCCAAUUUGAUAUUGUGGAUUUUCUUCAAAGAGAAAGAUACGGUUGUGCUCAGCUGGAGAAUUUCGCCGCAGGACUUGAGCUGAUUGGGCAAAAGCUGCAAAUGAGUGAGCUUCAGAACCGGUUAGAUGCAGAGUUUCUACUGGCUCAGAUGUGUUCAGUCAAAUUCAAAGAAUGGAUAGUUGUUCUUGCCACUCUGUUACAACGGUCUGAGGUUCUGUAUGAUAUUUUCCGGUAUGACCUACGGUUGUGGAAAGCAUAUAGCGUGACAUUACAGUCUCACUUGGCUUUUGCUCAGUACCAUGACUUACUUGAGGUCUUAGACGAAAAGCUCUCGGCGACCGUACGAGAUGAAAAAACCAGAAGUUCCAUCUCUUCGUAA